GUGAUGUGCUCUGCUGCCUUCACCACCCUCUGUAGUGAUUUUCAGAAAGUAGAGUCGCUUGUGAGCUUUCCUGAUAGCAAUGUCUGUGUGAAGGGUCCAGGAGAGAUCCUCAGUGAUGUAGACUCCAAGGAAUUUAAAGUUGGUGACACUUUCGACCUCGACACUGUUGAUGUUGAUGGACUGGUGUUCCCUGACUGGUCGUUUCUGGUAGUCCACUAUCAUUUCCCUUGUUUUGCUGAUGUUGAGAGUCAGGUUAUUUUCCAGACACCACUUGUACAGCGCUAUCACCUCCUCUCGAUAGGCCAUCUCAUCGUUGCCUGUGAUGAGGCCUGGUUGUGUCAUCCGCAACCUUGAUAAUGGUGUUGGACUUAUGUUUAGCAACGCAAUCGUGUGUGUGAACAGGGAAUAAAGGAGGGAGCUAAGCACACAUCCCUGUGGCAUUCCUGUGUUUAGGAUGUGAUGAGGAGGUGUGCUUACCUGCUCUCACGACCUGGGGCCUGUUCGUGAGGAAGUUCAGAAUCCAUCUGCAGAUGGGUGUUCCCAGCCCAAGGUCGACGAGCUUCGAGGCAAGUUUUGAGGGGAUGAUGGUGUUAAAAGCCGAGCUGUAGUCGAUGAAGAGCAUUCUUGAACAUGUUUUUUUUUUUCCAGGUGAGUGAGGUUGGUGUGCGUUGUUAGGGCGAUGGCAUCCUCUGUAGUUAGGCGAACUGAAGAGGGUCCAGCCUGUCAGGGAGGGAGAAGCAGAUGUGACCUUUGACUAGCCGCUCGAGGGACUUCAUAAUGACAAUGUCAGUGCAACAGGGCGGUAGUCAUUCAGACAGGAGACCGCUGAUUUCUUUGGGACAAGAAUGACAGUGGAUGUUUUGAAGGAUGUGAGGACCACUGACUGUCUCAGGGAGAGGUUGAAGAUGUUGGUGAACACCCCUGCCAGCUGGUCGGCGCACGCCCUGAGAACCCAGCCUGGGAUGCAGUUAUAGCCUCACUGUCCUCCUGAGGGUAGAGGAUCUGCUCCUUGUUGUCUUUAUAUGCGUCAGGAUUCCCUGAGGAGGAGAUGGAGGAGCAAAGGAAGAGUUUAGAAAUUGAUUCUCCACAAGCGGAACAAAGAGGAAAAAAUGGCCAGAGACCUCAGCACUGCAGUGGGCCUGACAAAGCUCACCCACCAGCCGCAAAGGGAAACAGAGUGCAUCGUUGUGUCGUCUGUGGAAAGGCUUUCGCCAAGAUGGACCACCUCAGAAGACACCAACGCAUCCACAGUGGGGACAGACCCUUCAUCUGUGAGCAGUGUGGAAAGGGUUUUACUCAGUCGAGUGAUUUAAAAAAGCACCAGCUCAUCCACAGUGGGGUUAAACCAUUCAGCUGUGAGCAGUGUGGGAGGUGUUUUAUUCGGAAGAGUGAUUUAAAACAGCAUCACUUCGUCCACAGUGGGGUUAAGCCAUUCAGCUGUGACCACUGUGGAAGGGGUUUUACCUGCGUUAGUAAGUUACAGAGACACCAGCUCAUCCACAGUGGGGUUAAACCAUUCUGCUGUGGUCAGUGUGGAAGGAGUUUUAAUGAGAUGAGUGAUUUAAACAGUCAUCAGCUCACUCACAGUGGAGUUAAACCAUACAUCUGUGAUCAGUGUGGAAAGGCGUUCACUUGCAUUAGUAAAUUAAAACGACACCAGGUCACCCACAGUGGAAUUAAAGCAUUUGUCUGCGGCGAGUGUGGAAAGGCUUUUACAGAGAAGGGUGAUUUGAAAAGACACCAGUUUGUCCACAGUGGGGUUAAACCAUUCACCUGUGAGCAGUGUGGAAAGUCUUUUACUUGCCCGAGUAAAUUAAAAACACAUAAGCUCAUCCACAGUGGAAUUACAGCAUUCACCUGUGAGCAGUGUGGAAAGGGUUUUGCUUUCAGUGGGAUCUUAAAGAAACACCAGCUGAUCCACAGUGGGGUUAAACCAUUCAAGUGUGAUCAGUGUGGAAAGUGUUUCACUCGCAGGGAUGAUUUAAAAACACACCAGUUCACCCACAGUGACGUUAAGCCUUUCAGCUGUGAGGAGUGUGGAAAAGGUUUUGUUAGCCACAGGAGCUUAAAAAGACAUCAGCUCAUCCACAGUGGGGUUAAAGCAUUCAUCUGUGGGGAGUGUGGAAAGGCCUUUACUGAGAUGGGUGAAUUGAAAAGACACCAGUUUACCCACAGUGGGGUUAAACCAUUCAGCUGCGAUCAGUGUGGAAAGUGUUUUAGUCAGAAAGGUGAUUUAAAAAAUCACCAGCUCCUCCACAGUGGAAUUAAACCAUUCAGCUGUGGUCAGUGUGGAAAGGCCUUUACGCUGAUUACUAACCUACGGAGACAUCAGCUCACCCACAGUGGGGUUAAACAGUUCAGCUGUGGUCAGUGUGGAAAGGCCUUUACUCAUAAAAGAUACUUAAUAAACCAUCUGCAAACCCACUCUGGACAUAAGCAGUAAAUGUGUGACGUCUGUGGAGAAGCAGCCUAAAACCAAAGCAUGGACACUCCACAGUGGCAUCCAUCGUCUGCCUUUUAUCCAAAUUAUUGGAGUUCUGAAGUAACACUGUAACCAGAGAGACCCUCAAAUCCCUCUCUAUGGUAAUAACAUCAUCGUAUCAUUUUAAAAUCUUUUGAUUCAUAAAAUGUUAUUAAAGAAUGAACAGUGGGGUGCUGGGAUCGCCACUCCUUGCUUUGUACACUAUUCUUACUGCUUUCUUUUAAACAUACUGAGUUUGUCAUUGUUUUAUGUUAAUCCCCCCCUGUUGACCCAGUAGAGCAAGUAUGGAGCUACAUACAAUACAGUACAGUUUUUAAAGACAAUCCAUAUUUACAAGUCCUCUUUGUGUAAUAAAGUUUUUUUCUUAGAAAAAAAA